AUGCCGAUUUGGAAUUACAGAAAGAGGCAAAUCAUUUAUUGUUUGUGUUUAUUUCUUCCUUCAAUUCCUUCUGCCUUGUUUCUCGGAACCAUGUUCGAUUCUUGGAGUUCUCGCAGAACCUUAUUUAUUCCUCUAAUAGGCCUUUUAUUUGCCGAUUUUAAUUAUAUUUUACAAUCAAUUUGUUUGGAAUGUUCUCCCUAUUUGUUAUUAUUUAGUGACUUAAUUUUUGGUUUUACUGGAGGAUUUACUUCGAUUAUAGGCCUUUUAUUUGCCUAUUCUGUUCGUGUAACGCCUACGACAUUUCGUCCCACAAGGAUGGCUUUGUUAGAAGGCAGUAUGGGACUGGGAGGAAUGUUUGGAUAUUUGCUAUCAGGCCAGCUUAGACACCUAAUUGGUUAUGCCUUAUUUUUCCUAUUUUUGACAAUUUUACACUUAAUUGUAUCAAUUCAAAUAAUAUUUUUCUGUAAAGAAUUAAUUAAUAAAAAUAUUACUACAACACAAGAAACAACAGAAACUACAACAAUCAGAAAUUCAACUUCUACAGAAAAUUUAAAUCAGAAUUCUGAAAAUUCAACAUCAAAUUUUUGUAUUUUAUGUCGUAAACGAUUUUUGGAUAUUUUACAAAUUUUUAAAGCUGAGAGGGAUGUUGAUAAACAAAAAUAUUUAAAUAUUGUUUUGGUUGCUCUCUUAGUAGAAUUUAUUAGUUUUUCUGGUUUAAUGGAUAUUUUAUUUUCGUUCUUCCGUUUUCAACUUAAAUGGACAGAUAAAGAAUAUGGCUGGUUUAAUGGAAUUGCUGUUGGUUCUGAUAGUUUUUGUAUAAUUUUUAUUUAUCCUUUACUUCAAAAACGAAUUGGAAUAAGCAAUUUACGUUUAGCCUUGUUUGGGUUAACAUUUAAAAUUGGUUCAGUUAUAAUUUUGGCAUUUACAAAAACCUCUCUAAUUGCCUUUAUGUCCAUUUUUCUUUCAAUUUUUGGCCGGUUUGUGUCAACGGGAUUAAGGGCUAUAGCUAGUGCUUGUGUUAAUGUUGGCAAAAUUUUUUCUCUAAUGUCUUUACUUCAAUCUAUGGGCUUUUUAAUUGCUUCUCCUUUAUUUAAUGGAAUUUACCCUUUUACUUUAAACUUUUUUCCUGGUACAAUGCUUUUGGUUGUUGCAGCUCUCUUAACUUUUUCGGCUGGAUUGCUUAUUUAUUUGGAUGUGAAAAAUAAGAAUUAA